UUGCUGACCCGGCAGGGAUCGCUGGGGGAGGGGGCGGGCGCCUUGGUAGGCGCCUGGUUUCCGUGAGGGCCGCGGGCCGAGGCUGUGGUCGCCACGUCGGCGGUUUUUUUUUUUUUUUUUUUUUUUUUGGCCCGGGUUGUCAGAGAGGGUGGUCUUGGGAAGCCUAGGGCGAGGCCCUAGCUCCCGGCGGCGGCGGCGGCGGCGGCGCCUGGGGUUGAGGGACGUGCCUGUGGGCGGGACGGGCUCGGGGUCAGCUCGGCCGGCCGCGGCGCCCUCCCCGCCGCGACUGUAAGGAAGGCCGGAGCAGGUCUGCCGCCUGCAGGGACUCCCUUUCAGGACCGUGCCUUCACCAGUACUCACAGGUGGAAACACAUAGCUUAAAAGAUAUACUCCAAGUCAUUGCUGAAAGAACAGAUCAUCCACAAUCCCAGGCCUGGGAAAUGGUUUAGCCGCUCCAUCUGCACUGAUAGCAUCAAGAUAGCAUAGUCUGUACGUGGUGAAGUACACAGUAUCUCACGUGGAACUUUGAACUUGACUUCUGGCAUUACUCCUAAUCAGCAGAGUUCUUUCUAAACUUCUGACAUGGAGACUUCCAGCUCUAGGUCUGUGCACCUGGGCGAAUGGCAGAAGAAUUACUUUGUAGUUACAUCCAGCACAUGUACACCAGGACAGAAGGCAGAUGCAUACCGUGCACAGAUACAAAGCAUUCAAUAUGCAUGGGCCAACUCCGAGAUCUCUCAGGUCUGUGCUACCAAACUGUUCAAAAGGUAUACAGAGAAAUAUUCUGCAGUUAUUGAUUCUGACAAUGUUGAAACUAGCUUGAAUAACUAUGCAGAGAGCGUUUUAGCUUUGGCAGGAUCUCAACAGGCUGACAGUGACAAGUGGCAAUCUAGAUUGUCAAUAAAUAAUGUUUUCAAAAUGAAUAAUAUACAGGAGAUGAUGCAAGCUGGAAAGAAAUGGAAAGAGUCCAUGCUGAAACCUGCUGAUGCAUCAGUAGUCAUCUGUAAAGAGCCCACUGUCUUUGAGCUUUCUAAAUUUAGUGUUUGUGGAGGUUCUGGAGAAGGUGACUUCUUAGCCAGUUCAAUUCAUGACACAGAUAGGACCCAAGCUAUCCCAGGCAGCAGUCUGGGACAUUCGCGGUUUCAGAGUGCUCUGCUGCCUGUGGCAGCUAAUAGCACUAAGACUUGUCCCACCUCCUCAACACCUUCAGGUGAGUCAGCCACUGCAAAAUUUCACACUACACCAUUAUAUGGAAGUACUAAAAAGGAAACUCACAGCUUUCCUAAAACCAACACAGGACCAAAUAUGUUCUUAUCCAGUCUGUCUUGUUUUCCUUCUGGCUGUGAAAAUCCACGAGAAAGGAAGGCUUUUUAUGGUUCUGGCAACAUUGACAUGCUUUCUGAUUCAAUACCGAAUAAGGCUUCUAGUAAAACAGAAGACAGUGACCAAAGGGAAGAUAAUAGCUUGCCGACCUUUAAAACUGCAAAAGAACAAUUAUGGGCAGAUCAAAAAAAAAAGUGCCACCAAUCCCAGCAUGCAUCAAAAUCUUCAUAUGGUAGUGUGAAAAAGUCUUUGGGAACAGGGAAAUCGAGAGGAAUAUUUGCAAAGUUCGUUCCUCCUGUAUCUAAGCAAGAUGAAGAUGAGCAGAAUGAAAGAGUGAAGUGCAAGCCUACUAAAGCCGAGUCUGCAGAACUAGAACACCCCAUUGAUGACCGUCUGAAGAACGUGGAGCCAAAGAUGAUUGAACUGAUUAUGAAUGAAAUUAUGGACCAUGGGCCUCCAGUACAUUGGGACGAUAUUGCUGGAGUAGAAUUUGCCAAAGCCACAAUAAAGGAAAUCGUUGUGUGGCCUAUGAUGAGGCCAGAUAUCUUUACUGGAUUACGAGGGCCUCCUAAAGGAAUUCUACUCUUUGGCCCUCCAGGGACUGGUAAAACUCUGAUUGGCAAGUGCAUAGCUAGUCAGUCUGGAGCAACAUUCUUCAGCAUCUCUGCUUCGUCUUUGACUUCUAAGUGGGUGGGUGAGGGGGAGAAAAUGGUCCGUGCAUUAUUUGCUGUUGCACAGUGUCAGCAGCCAGCUGUGAUAUUUAUUGAUGAAAUUGAUUCUUUAUUGUCUCAAAGAGGAGAUGGUGAACAUGAAUCUUCUAGAAGGAUAAAAACAGAAUUUUUAGUUCAGUUAGAUGGAGCGACCACAUCUUCUGAAGACCGUAUUCUCGUGGUGGGAGCCACAAAUCGGCCCCAAGAGAUUGAUGAGGCUGCCCGGAGAAGGUUGGUGAAAAGACUUUAUAUUCCCCUCCCAGAACCUUCAGCCAGGAAACAGAUAGUAGUUAAUCUCAUGUCCAAGGAGCAGUGUUACCUCAGUGAUGAAGAAAUUGAACUGGUGGUGCAGCAGUCUGAUGGGUUUUCUGGCGCAGAUAUGACACAGCUUUGCAGAGAGGCUUCUCUUGGUCCUAUUCGCAGUUUGCACGCUGCUGACAUUGCUACCAUAAGCCCAGAUCAAGUUCGACCAAUAGCUUAUAUUGAUUUUGAAAAUGCUUUUAGAACUGUGCGACCUAGCGUGUCUCCAAAAGACUUAGAGCUUUAUGAAAACUGGAAUGGAAUGUUUGGUUGUGGAAUGUGAACACAGCAAUUGAAAGGAGAAGCCGACAUCUAAUAGUUCAGUCCUUUUGCCUUUAGCAUAGGAAGCUUGGAGCGUGCUACUUGUUUUGUGGAGUAUAUCCUGAAUUUUAUGCCUCAGAUUAGAAUGAUAACAGCUUAACUACUGAUUGAUAAAUCUUACAUUAGUAUGUUGUGUUUACCUUCCAAUUAUUAUGUGAUGUAUAAGCUUAUUUAAAUAGAAUGACCUUUAUUUCUAAAUGAGUUCAGAUUAGAACUUGAGUUUGGUAAUAAUAAACUUUGCUAAGUGUAGUCUGGUUUCAUUUGAAACAGUAUUGCUUACUUGGCUUAGAUAGAGUUAAGAUCUUACCAAAGGUACCAAAAACUAAGCCACAUUAACCUGUGCUGGUUUGUAACCUGUUUUGUGUUUUUUUUUUUUCUCCCCUAUCAAAAUUAACUGAUAAAAACAUGUUUAGAAAUAGCAAAAUGUAAUCUGGUAUCAGGGAUGUAGCACCCUCACUCCAAACAGAAGAUGUUAAGUGUUUUUUUCCCUAGGGGUCUGGACUGUUUUCCAUUAAUAUUUUAUCUGAUACCACUUCAAAGCCUAUUAUUUCACCCUCUUUCAAAACUAAAUGUUUUUAAAUUGUUGUAUUGUUUUGUCUUGUAAAACAUGGUUAUUGUUGAAACUUCAGAAGACAGAAGCAAAAAGAAUAAAAAUUAUUGUUAGUUUAUUACCA